UUAUUAUUAUUAUUUAUAGUAACCCAAUCAAAAUUUGAUCAUCAUUCAUUUGUUUAUUUAUUUAUUUACAGCUGAGCCGCUGUGGAAGAAAAAAACAGAGCUACAACCUCCAGGCCAAUCAGAAACGAGAAACCCGAGGUUUGGGGGCGUGUUUUCGGAAAUUCGAUCGAUCACACGUCGUCCUAUGAGUAACCUGGUCGCGUGUUUUGUACUACUAUUUCAGUGGGAUUUCAGAGGGUAAACCGGAAGUGAACCGGGAGGAAGAAUCCUUUGGCACGGAUGGCGUGGGGCGUGUUGGGUUCAUGUUGGGUUCGGCUUUGAUCCCAGCGCCUCUCGAGAAGCAGCAUCAUCGCGGCGCGUGAUGGCGGAGUGAGGAGAUGUGAUGAGAUGUGAUGAGAUGUGAUGUGAGCCCAACCCGAGUUUCUUUAAAAGAAAGAGAAAGAGAAAGAGGAAAGAAAGAAAGGAGAGAAGAAGAAGACGCUGCUCGUGACGCUGAGAUUUACCGGAGGGUAGAAAAAGAAAAGGAGGCUGAAAAAAAAAAAACAACGCAUUACGUCAUUGAGAUUUUUCCAGAAGUGAUAAGAUCUUCUUCUUCUUUUUUUUGACCAAAAAAUGCCUGGUUGAUAACGGAUUAAUAAAAAGAGGGAGUGGGCGGGAGUCUGAUCGGCGUCAUCCCGCUCGAUGAUGAUGAUGAUGUUGUGAUCGGGACGUGCGCGAGACGCCGCCGCGAUGGCCGAGCACGCGGCUAUGGAUGCGGACGCCGCGGUGGCAGCGUGCGGCUGCGCGGACCGGUACGAGGAGUACGAGUGCAAGAUCUGCUACAACUACUUCGACCUGGACCGGCGCGCGCCCAAAAUCCUCGAGUGCCUGCACACGUUCUGCGAGGAGUGCCUGCACGCGCUGCACCUGCGCGAGGAGCGGCCGUGGCGCGUCACGUGCCCCGUGUGCCGCCACCGCACGCCCGUGCCGGACUAUCGAAUCCGCAACCUGCCCAACAACACCAAGGUCACGGAGGACUUUCCGCUGCGCGUGGACGCCGAUGCCGACCCAGUGCCGCAGGACGCGCUGCCGCCGCACCCGCCGCCGCUGCACCCGGCGCUCGCGGCCCUGCGGCGCGACGACGCGCCGCCGGGACGCCCCGCGGCCGCGCACGCGACCCCGUCCACCACGGCGUCCACGGCCACCAUGACGCUCUCGCAGGACUCGGUGGCGUCGCGCCGCGAGAGUUGCCACGAGGGCUGCUGCCGGCGGCUCGCGCUCACCGCCGGCUGCGCGUGCGUCGCCUUCUCGUUCGUGGCGAUGCUCGCGCUGCUGUUCGCCGGACUCGUCUUCGUGCACGGCAACUCCGCGGACCGGCCGCCGUCCCCCGCCGGUCCCGUGUGCCUGUCGGUUGCCAGCGUCCUCGCCAUGGUGGCCGUGGUGGUCACGUGGCUCCUCUGCUGGCUUAAAUACAGACCGGAGCACGAGGCGACCGGACGCGCCUCGGCCACGAGCAACAGCAGCAGCCGGAGAAACGCCUGAGCUCGCGCUCUGUUUGUGUGUGUGUGUGUGUGUGUGUGUGUGCGUGCGUUAUUAUUAUGCUGCCGUAUAUCAAUAUCAUUAUUAUCAUUAAUAUCAUUCAUUAGAGCGAAAUGACUUUUGCUCUUAAUCCUUCCUAUGCACUUAAACACGACUGACAAUCUCUUUACACACACACACACACACACACACACACAAAAAUGAAUCAGACAAUCAAGUUUGACUGAUCAACAAUUGAUCCAAGUUGUUUAUCUGAAAUUGCAUGUAAUUCUUGAGAAACAAUUGAAGGAAAAUCUUUAUUAUUA